AUGAGUUCCAUUAACGUAAAGAAGCUGAAAGUAAACGAGCUGAAGGACGAGCUGAAAAAGCGGCAGCUGUCCGACAAGGGACUGAAGGCCGAAUUAAUGGACAGACUACAGGCCGCGCUGGAUCAGGAGGCCCAAUCUGCAGGCGAUUUCUCUUCCCAUGAACCAGAAGCGAAUGGCGCCGAAGGCAGUUACGAUGAUGGAAAUGGCCUAAAUUAUAUGGGAGACGAAGACCUCGACGAUGAUCUGGUAGGGGAGAGCAUGGAAGCCGAUGAGGAGGAUGGAGAUGCGGGCGAGGAUGCCGGUGAGGACGAACGCGCAGUCGUUGAACAGCAAGACGAUGACAUGGGGGAGGAAGAGGAAGAGGAUGCCGGCGUUGAAAUGGAUAAAUUGGAUGAGGACGAGGAUGCUCUCCUGAAGGAAGAUGAUGAGGAGAUGGAUAAGUUCGAUGAGGAGGAUGAGGAUGACGAUGUAGCGCUCGAUAACAUUCCUGGAGAGGGAGAUGCGGACAAAGACAAGAGUGAUGAACAGAAGAAUAAGAAGGGUGUUAAGAGACGCCGGGAGGAACAUGGAAGGGGCUACUUUGAAUUUAUUGAAGAAAGCAAAUACAGCCGGGCUAAAUCACCUCAGCCCCCCCUUGAGGAGGAGGAUGAAGAGUUUGAUGACACAACCGUCUGUCUGGAUACUUACAACAGCGAUCUACACUUCAAGGUGUCACGGGACAGAUACAGCGCCUCCUCUCUCACCAUGGAAAGUUUUGCGUACCUGUGGGCCGGGGGCCGGGCCUCGUACGGUGUGGCACAGGGCCGGGCCGCUUUUGAGAUGAAGAUUACCGAGAAGAUUCCAGUCAAACACAUAUCAAGCAAAGGAAUUGAGAUCCACGAGGUGCGAGUGGGGUGGUCAUUGGCUAAUGGAACCCUUCUCCUUGGGGAAGAAAAGCAUUCCUAUGCCUUCUCUACCAAGGCAAAGAAAACUACCAACUGUGUGACAGAGGAUUUUGGAGAGACAUUUGAUGAAAAUGAUGUCGUUGGCUGCUACAUUAACUUUGGAGACGCAGAGGUGGAGCUCUCCUUCUCCAAAAAUGGGCAAGAUCUGGGCGUGGCUUUCAGGGUCAGUAAGGAGGAGCUUGGAGGACAGCCUCUCUUCCCUCACGUACUCUGCCACAACUGCGCUGUAGAGUUCAACUUCGGCCAACGGGAAACACCGUUUUUCACCCAACUAGAGGGCUUCACCUUCCUUCAGCAGAUUCCUGUGAAUGAGCGAGUCAGGGGGCCAAAAGGCCCAGAGACCAAGGAGGACUGCGAGGUUAUUGUCAUGGUGGGACUCCCUGGAGCUGGAAAAACAAUGUGGGUCACAAAGCACACACAGGAGAACCCUGGGAAAUACAACGUCCUGGGCACCAAUACAAUUCUAGAGAAAAUGAUGAUUGCUAGUUUGAAACGGCAGAUGAAGGACGUCACCAAGCUUACAGCAAUCUCACAGCGUGCCCCUCUCUUCCUGGGAAAGUUUAUCGAGAUCGCAGCCCGCAAAAAACGCAACUACAUUCUGGACCAGACCAACGUUUCAGCUCCUGCCCAAAGGAGGAAAAUGUGUCUGUUCGCUGGCUUUCAGAGGAAGGCUGUAGUAGUCUGCCCCACCGAUGAGGAUUACAAACAGAGAACACAGAAAAAAGCAGAAACUGACGGCAAGGACGUGCCUGAACACGCUGUACUAAAAAUGAAAGGGAUAUACACAUUGCCAGAAGUGGGCGAGUGCUUCAGUGAAGUGAUCUACGUGGAGCUUCAGAAGGAGGAGGCCACAAAGUUGCUGGAACAGUACAAGGAGGAAAGCAAGACCUCCCUUCCCCCCGAGAAGAAGGCCAACCAGGGCGGCGCUCCCCCCAAGAGAGGAGGCAACAGGGGCCGGGGAGGCAAGAACCAGUUUAGCCGUGGUGGUGGUGGUGGUGGUGGACAGGGCCAGAGGGGUGGCCGUGGAGGCUUCCAGAACAGAGGCAACUUCCGUGGAGUGCCAGGCCCCCGCGGUGGCUUUGCUAGGCCCCCCAGAGGUUUUCUUCCCCCGCCCGCCUUCCGAGGAGGGUUCAACCGUGGCAGUUUCAACCGAGGAGGUGGCAUGCCAAACCGUGGAGGUGCUCCACGGGGAGGACCUAUCAGAGGAAACAUGGGGCAUAUGGGCAACAGAGGAGGAGCUAUGCACAGGGGUAACAUGAACCGUGGAGGAGGAGGUGCUAACAGAGGCAACUUCAACCAGAAAUUUCGAGGCCGAGGUGGCAAUAACCGUGGUUUCAAGAACGGAAACUUUGGCAUGAACAAGGCACAAGCUUUCAAUCAGAGCUGGCAGCAAGGGUUCUGGAAUCAGAAGCCAUGGAGUCAACAGUACCAUCCAGGUUAUUACUAAGUGUUGAUCUCUG